UAAAAUUAAAGGUGGUUUCCUAAUUGUUUACAUUUUUAAAUUCAAACGGAUACAUAAAUCCUGAGAAAAAAUUCGUGAAUUAUAUAUUUUAUCGACAAUGUUGUCUAAUUUGAAAUAAACUAAAAAUAAUAAAUGGCCUUUCCUUGCCAUCCGUAACUUUCUUAUCGGUCAACAUAUACAUACAACUGUCGGAGAUCUUUGGCGCUUAAUUCGAAUUAAUCAUCGUAUAAAUUACCGGCUUAAAAGUGCAGCGCAGCUCUCCCGCACUCGCGUCAUUUGUGUUCCACAGAAAGGAAAGUCUUUACUUUAAUGAUUCUUUCCUUCAUUUUAAUUUUAUCUGGUGCUAAAUAUUUUAAAACUAAAAUGAAAUAUUUAAAAUAUAUAAAAUAUGAAGCUGUCAAAUUUAACAUUUCGUUCCGAUCCUAAGUAUUAAACAUUAUUAUUUUAAAUAUUUCUUUGCCGUGUAAGAGAAGAAAAUAUGAGGCCUCAGAAGACUCAAAACUGGUUGCGACAACUUUCGUUGCGGCCGUUGCGAAGAAGUCGCCCCGUUUCAGCCAAGUUAGUUGGCGUUUUAACUCUGUUCGAGACGGUCGUGGUUCGGAUCUGAUCAUACUCAUAUCGCAUAUAUAUAGUGUAUGGUAUUAUCUGGCAGUAAAGCCGAAAGAAAGGUGCGCGCAUGCGCAUAUGGAAAGCGGGAAAAGCGAGUGGUGUGUUCUGCAAGACGGAGCGUGAAGUGUGGCAUUGUUUGCUUUUUAUUUUUUUAUUUUGUUUUUGUUGUAUUGUGUUUUGCCUAAAUGCGGAUAAAUAUGCGGAAAACCUAAUCCGCCAAAAAACAAAACAAAAAUCAUAACAAUAAACGGACGUCAACUGGCUAUAUCGAUUACCACCGAUCUGUGUGACACUUUUCCGCGGCGCAAAAACAGGUUGCCAUUAUAGUUACCAGCACCUAGGGCUGGUUCACCUGUUAGCCAGUUCGCCUGGAUCACCUGGUGGUCAUGCUGAGGCCUUAGUGCUUUACAAUUUUUUUUGUUUUAAUAAAGAAAGCAAGGAGAAAAGCUGAAAGGUUGUGGUGUGGCGCGAAUCCGCGACAGCGGAGCAGGCGGAGGGCAGUGAACCGUUCCGAUCCAGGUUCAGAUCCAAACCCACAUCUAGAUCAACAGAUCCAGGAUGUCGGACAUAUACUACUGCAGCAAUAGCCAGAUGAAAAAAUCUCGCGACUCGGAUAAAUCAUCCGCCCCAUUGCCGCUAACCAAUACCAAUACAAAUGCGGCCAAUAUGACGGCUGCUGAUAAGAAGAACAACAACAAUAACUGCAGUAAUCGUAACAAAGACAAGAGCAUGCAGACGAACGGUAAAAAUUGGAAGGGCAUUGUCCAAAGCAAUCCCAAUCCGAGUGGCGCUAUUGGAGUUGGCGUUGGAACCACAUCCCAACCGCCAAAAAUUUUCCACAACACCCGAUGCACGAGGCACCACAAACCGCACCAUAGUCAUGGCAAUGGAUCGACAGCUUCCGCCGGCGUUGGAGGGGCCAACUCCAAUGGACCACAGCUUGAAGCCACACAGCAGCGGGAACGAGAUCGGGAAAGGGAACGGGACAGGGAGCGUGAUAGGGAGCGGGACAGAGAGAGAGAACGGGAGCGGGAACGGGAACGGGAACAUCACCUACACAUGCACCAGCACAAUCAUGGGCUAAGGAGAAAGUCCGAGUCCGUUCUGUCUACCGAUUCGGAUAUCCGCUUCACCCGCCGGAAACUGGGCGAUGGCCAAAAGUGCGGCUGCGCCGUCAUCGCUGGAUUCCUCAUCGCCCUCCUCGUUGCCGGAGUCUUUGUCUAUGUGGGAUACACCUAUUUCCGACCGGAGCCGUUGCCAGAUCGCGUUUUCCGCGGACGAUUCAUGGUGCUGAACGACAAGUGGAACAUGGAGCUGGCCAACCAAAACUCAAUGAGGUUCCAACACAAGGCACGAGAUUAUCGGGAGCGAAUCAAUCUAACUCUGCGUCGAUCCGACCUGCGAGAAGCUUACGAGGGCAGCGAAAUUUUGGCACUGGAUGGAAGCGAGGACAACAACAAUAUAGUCGUGCACUUCAACAUGAUCUUCGAUCCGUACGCUGGGCUAGUGAGCAGUGGUGACCUUUUGGCUCUGUUCCACGAGGAGAUGACCCAGCCGCCGCAGCAACGUCGCCACUUUGCCAACAUGACCGUGGACGUGGCCAGUUUAAGCAUCAAGGAAACGACCGGUCUGAUAGAGGAGCCAGUGAUGUCGAGUUCACCGCUGGGUGGACAUGAUGAGACCACGGAACCGGUGGUGACCACAACGCCGACUCCGCCACGUCGCUGUUCACCACUAGAGUUGACAUAUUGCCGCCAGGUGGGCUACAACAUAACGACCUAUCCGAAUCUUUUGGGACACACCAGUUACGAGCAGUUGGCGGAGGAUGUGAUUGUGUUCCGGGAAUUGGUGGACGGUGAAUGCCAUCGUGAGGCCUACGACUUUGUAUGUCGGCUUCUACAGCCGCCAUGCGAUACCCACGGCUCCGAUUUGCAACCGACUCCAGGCCAGAUUUGCCGAGAAUAUUGUGAAUCCUUUAUGGCCGGAUGCGGUGGUCGAUUGCCGCAGCGUUUCCGGCAAUUCUUCGACUGCGAACGCUUCCCAGAGUCUACGGGCACUCAGUCGUGCCACCAAAAGCCCCACUGUGUCAGCGAUAUGCAGACCAAUGUUCAGAGUCCACGGCUGUGCGAUGGCUAUGCUGAUUGCCCGGAUUUAUCAGACGAACGGAGCUGUGCGUUCUGCUCCCCGAAUGCUCUGUAUUGUGGACGUGGUAGAGCCUGUGUCCCACGCAAGGCACGCUGCGACGGCAAGGCGGAUUGUCCAGAUGGCGCCGAUGAGAAGGAUUGCUUAUCUAUAGCUCCUUUGGCUGCCGAUUUAUUGCAUCCAGAGCCCUUGGUUCCGUACCUCUCUCGCUUCCAUUCCGCCGGCUACGCCGUGUUUUCCGAGAAGGGAGUGGUGGGCAAGUUGUGUGCCGAGGGUUUGGAAGGCGAUGCCAAGUUGGUGGUGCGCCAAACCGUUUCCGAAUCGCUUUGCAAGUCCCUAGGAUACGAAUCAGUGGAAAUUUUUGACGUCCAGAACGACACAGAGCAGCUGAAAGACUACGUCCGUGUACUCGAUCCCCAUGCGCCGGAGAUCAGCUUUAUCCGAACACACUGUCCCCGUCGGCAAGUGCUAUACGUGGGAUGUGGAGAGCUGAGAUGUGGUGUCCAGUCAGCGCUCUUCAAUGCAAAGCAACAUCUGUCGCUGCCCAAGAUGUCGGCGCCUGGCGAUUGGCCGUGGCUGGUGGCCCUUUUCCGUGAAGAUAUCCACGUGUGUGACGGCACAUUGAUCUCUCAGGACUGGGUCCUUACCACUGAGGGCUGUUUCCAAGGUCAGCCGCGUGCCACCUGGAUGGCCAUUGUGGGUGCAGUUCGUCUGUCGGCUAAGGCACCAUGGACGCAGAGACGUCGUAUCAUUGGCAUGAUUAAAAGUCCGGUUGAGGGCUCAACGGCGGCACUGGUGCGCCUGGAGACCCCAGUCAAUUACUCCGAUCACGUAAGACCCAUCUGCCUGCCUGAUGCCUUGCAAAGACGCCUGCUGCAGCAGCAACCAGCCCAAAGAAGAUCACACGUACCGGUGGCCGAGCGUUUAGAAGGCCAGUUGGUCACCCAACCGCGUAGUCGACUGGCCCAGGAGAACCAGCAGUUCUUCUUGAUUCCAUCGCAGGAGCAGCUGGAUAGCUCCACAGAGAAUCAGGGUGAAGAGGAUCAGGAUAAUCAGGAGAAUCACUUCGGUGUUGAGGCAGCCGCCUCGUAUAUGCCCAAAGCCGAGGCAUUGCACCAGGAAUUGGAUGCGUAUCCUCUGCCGGAUCAUGCGCCUCAGGUGAAUUACUAUGGCGGCAGCUCGUCCUCCUCGGGAUCGACGGUCACAUCCUCGUCCUCAUCCGCUCGGACAGCCACCAAGGCUCCCGUUUUGGCAGCUGGGCCGGCUGCUCAAGACCAGAUCUGGACAAAUUGCAAUACCCUCGGCUGGUCACGACAGCGGGAUCAUCUGCAGCGUGUCCAGCUGAAGAUGGGUGACAUGGCGCCCUGUGAGAAUGUGUCCAUCGCCACUGUGAACUCCAUGUGCAUGGAGGCCACCUAUCAGAAGUACGACUGCACGCAAGAGGAGUACUCGGGCGCACCUGUGCAGUGCCUGAUCCCUGGCACCAAUCAGUGGGCCUUAAUCGGUGUCUCGUCUUGGCGGAUCGCCUGCGGUCCCACGGGUGUGGAGCGACCUAGGAUGUACGACAAGAUCGCAUCAAAUGCUGCCUGGAUCCGGGAGACGAUCAGUGCGGUAUAGUCCAAUGGGGCGGCAUCACGGCCCCCAGCAUUUGUGUAGAAAACGGAACCGAACUCACUGGGUAUUAUGCGUGUGUGUGUGUGUGUAGCAAAGCAACCAAUUAAGCAUAUGUAACUAACCUGCUCUAAUGUUACUCGAACCUAACUAUACGCUAACUAUUCUUUAAACGUCCUUUUUUUUGCUGUUUUGUGUAAUAUUUAUUAACUAUGUUGUAAUUGUAUGUUAAACAUGUCAAAAAGGAAGCAAAUUUAGUUGUUAGUAUUUACGUUUAGCUGUUUGUAGAAAGAUAUUGUUGAAUAAAAUGAAAUUGUCUAAA